UGACGCAGAGCAAAAUAAAAGUUCAUCUACCUUCCCCUCUGUUAAGUUAGCGUGUUGUUGCAGGUCAGAGGCUAGAGCGGAGAAUGCGGCCAAAUAUCGUCUUGUUUGGUGACUCAAUAACCGAGCAAUCUUUCGGAUCAGGUGGCUGGGGUGCUGCUCUUGCUGACACUUAUGCUCGCAAGGCUGAUGUAAUAUUGCGUGGCUAUGGUGGAUACAACACUAGAUGGGCAUUGUUCUUGUUGCAUCACCUCUUCCCUCUCGACUCUACCAAGCCUCCAGUUGCUACAACAAUUUUCUUUGGGGCCAACGAUGCAGCUCUGCUGGGAAGAACCAAUGAGCGACAGCAUGUCCCUGUUGAAGAGUAUAAGGACAAUCUCAGGAAAAUUGUUAAGCAUUUGAAGGAAUGUUCACCUACAAUGCUAAUUGUUCUAAUAACUCCACCACCAGUUGACGAGGAAGGGCGAAAAAUAUAUGCACAAUCUUUACAUGGUGAAAAUGCUACGAAAGAGCCAGAGCGGACCAAUGAAAUGGCAGGUGUAUAUGCACAGCAGUGUUUUGAGUUAGCCAAGGAACUGGGUCUGCGCUGUGUCGAUCUAUGGUCCAAGAUGCAAGAAUCAGAGGGUUGGCAGAAAAAGUAUCUAAGGGAUGGGUUGCAUCUGACAGAAGAGGGCAACGCGGUGGUGUACCAGGAAGUUAUGGAAGCAUUCAGGGAAGCAUGGUUUGAUGCUGAGGAAUUGCCAUUUGAUUUCCCUCAUCACUCCAAGAUUGAUGGAAAGAACCCUGCGAAAGCUUUUCAAGAACAAAGCCAAUGUUAGGAUUAUUACUCCCUUUUCACUUGUUACCCUUAAACACUUUAACCACGCCACGUCUGUGAUUCUUGCUCUAUACACAAUACAUACAUGUAAUAAUGUUUGAUUUUGCCCUGAAGAGUAAAUAGGGUUUUACUCGCCAAUUGGACAUUUUGAGGUUCUUUUCUGCAUAAUCCACUCCUUUAUUUUUAAAUGUGUGCA